AUGCCUGAGAUACCGAAUAGGGCGCAGACGGAGGACUCGACAAGCUUCAGUCCGGAUGCAUACUUCGAGGCGUGGGAAAAGGGCGACAUCACAGCACCAUACGACAAUGACUUUCGCAAGUUCAUCCUCAGCACCUUCGGACUGCCUCACGACGACACAUACACAUAUGCUGCCGUAGCAGAGGUCUCGCUUCUCCAAGCUCAGACAUACGUCGAGUUUGGUGGCCAAGGUGGAUUGCACGCCUGGUACAGAGACGAUGAAGGCAAGCCACCAACACUAUCUUCUGUUCAGAGACCGCCGCCGCCCGCUGUCGACAUUGCUGCCUAUACCAACAUCUUCAAGAGCACGACUGCCACUCAAAAGGCCCUAGUCGGACUGGCUUCGAACGCGAAAAAGGAUUCGAUCCGUGCUUCAGUCGGUCAACAUCUGCAGGCCUUAUACCAACCCCCGUCGCCCGAUCGCAAGAUUGUCAUAUCAAAGCUGAAGAAGGAACACACAAAUCCCUACUUUGACGUCUGGGCUUGGUCAUGCCAGAACCUCGAAUGGGCUGGUCCCGAAGAUGCCACGAGCAAGGUCCGCUUCUCGCAUGCCAUACUGCCGAUUCUGUAUCACCACUUCGGCUGCGUCUGCCCGUCUUACGAGUCGCUGUCUAUCAUCUACCAGCUCGCCAAGGGUCGAACUGUCCUCGACCUUGGUAGUGGAAAUGGUUAUUGGUCAUACAUGCUGAGAGUUUUCAACAAGCAGAAGCCUCUGACUGUCGUUCCCGUAGACAACGGCAUCAGCGAGUGGAGAACAGUCUGGGUCGGUGAUACCAUCCAGACCGAUGGUGUUGAUUACCUCAAGAAGAAUGCCCAUGGAAAGGACCAAGUCUUGUUACUUGUCUACCCUCAAGUCGGCCUAGAGUUCACCUCCAAGAUUCUCAAAGCAUACAAGGGUGACACGAUCAUUUGUGCAGGCACUCAAAACUCAAACGGCUACACUGCCUUUGCCAAAGAAACCAUCGCAGAUUGGAUCGCCAGAGAGAUGCCCGUCUUCGAAAAGGUCUGCCAGAUCCCUCUUCCCAGCUUCGCUGCCAAAGACGAAGCCUUGUUCGCCUUCCAAAGAAAAGCUUCGUAG